AUGGUUAUGGAGGGAAUAAAAAGGCGGUACCAAUAUGUGGGCAUUGCAAUGGCUGAAUUGAUUCGAAGCGAUAUUAGACACAUAUCUAAUGCGGCUAAUAACGAGGACUCGUAUCGAGUAUUAAGGGGCCGCGUGAGUGUUUUAAAGAUAGCUCCAGAUGCACGAUUUAUGCCGUACCUGGAGCUAGCCGAAUUUGGGUCAGUCGCAUUGAUCCGGUCCUCCGACUUGCGAUUUGAUCUAUUAUCCGCGCUAGUGGAGCGGUGGCGUCCGGAGACCCAUACUUUCCAUUUUCCGUGCGGGGAGUGCACGGUGACGUUAGAGGAUGUUGCAGUGCAGCUUGGACUCUCAGUUGACGGGAAUCCCGUUACGGGACUAUCUUCAUUAACCGAUCCGGCUGCGGGCACUACUCAUGCCCGAUGCAAACGGCGACGGUGUGCAUUUGUCGACUUGCCUCGCUGUCGAUUUGUCCACGCUAGGUCGUACAGUUGGGGUUCGGCCAUUCUAGCAAUGCUGUACAAGGAGCUUUGUCAGGCGACAGACCCGCAAUGUAAAGACAUCGGCGGUUGCCUCAUACUGCUGCAGUCAUGGGCACUUUAUCGGAUGCCGUUUUUGGCACGCGUUAGUCACCAACCCUAUCUAUAUCCACUGUCACUCAGGUGGACGACCCGUCCCGGCAUCGGGAAGUCGUGUGAUGUCCCGAUAUACCGCAUGAGGAUUGAACAGCAUGCCCGAGAAGGGUUUAUAUGGAUGCCGUACCGGAGGCCAGAAAUUACAAAUGUUGUACCCCCGUCCGCACUCGUUGAUUCCCACACAUGGUGCACAAACACACCAAUAAUAAAUUUCAACAUCGUCGAGUGGUAUAACGGCGAUCGGGUGCUUCGACAGUUUGGCUGCAUCCAACAUAUCCCGGAUCCGCCGUGCCAGUUGGGGGAUGAUCACGGCUUGACAAAGAGAGGAAGAGUUCAAUUGGACUGGGGAAUAUAUCACUGGAAAUACGUCGCACUGUGGUACGAUCGAUUGCGCCGAAUUCCUCAGAUAGUUAUGGCUACAGACCUGCAACCAUCCGCACAGUAUAUAGAAUGGUACCAUAGUCGCGGGAAGCCGUAUUUACUUGGAGCGCGUACGUUCAGCAAGUUGGGGGAUCGGAAGCAGACAGCUCGAUGGAUCCGGAUCCGACGGCAUAUUGUCCUUCGCAACCGGCAGAGCCCGAACAGUUAG